AUCAUGGCAUGAUCUUGGAAUUAAUAAAAUUACCAAUUGUUACAAAUGUGCAUAUGAACGAAUAAAAAUCACGUCAUUUUAUCAGAUACUUUAUCACACCUGGAAUUCCCGUCUGGACUUACAUAAUUUUUCCAGCCCAAAAAUAUAAAUACAUGCGUCCUUUAACUCAAUCUUAAUCAGUCUCGUGUCACCAAAAAGGUUCAAAAUGCUGAAAAAUAUUAUCCUCCUAUUUUCCUGCCUUGCCUUAGCAGCUGCUCAAUCCCAAGUGACAAUUAGUUUGUCUGCGUCAGAAUUGUUGGACUAUGACGCCAUUUCCGGGUGUGACACGGUAAUUACGAUUUUCUGUUCAUCUACUUCAUCCCCAUCGACACAAUGUGGUCAGACUGAGGAAAUAUCGGACGAUGCGUACCCAAUAUUUCCGGAAAGAUUCACUUUUCCAUAUGCCAUUGGAUCGGGCCAGCAAUGGCGUUUUGAACUUGUGGAUAAAGAUCUCCAAUUCGACGACCACAUCGGCACGGUCGUUAUCUCUGUGGACGACUUUAUGCAAACCAUCAACACUGGGGAUACCAUGACGAGGAAGAUCAAUUUAAAUCGACCUGGGAAUCUCCAUGUGAAGAGAGAAACAUAAUAAUGCAAGAAUUAAAUUGAGGGUGAAGAUAAUUUCGUUUAGAAUUUUAUGAUGUCUAGUUUAAAGUUUGUACAUACAUAAAUAAAAAGGGUACCAAAUAAUUUCCAAA